CGCCUUGGUUCUAGUGUAGGAAGGCUACGACAACCGCCAACCAUCGACCGACUUUAUAAAAAUCAAGUCGAGUCGCCCAUCUUCUCCCUUUUUACCCCCCUCCUCAGGCUUCAUUCAUUCUCUUGAUUGUUUUGUUGCCGGCGUCCACGACUUCAGUUCUUCCCCUCCACGCCUUCUCCCCCCCCCUUCUCCAAUCAUGGGCAUCCUGCAAGUCGUUGCGGGACCGUUGUCCCAGCAGUUUUCCCAGCUGGGAUGUGUGUCGCAAAUCGGUGUCGCGAUCGCCUCCUUUCUGUUUGUCGCCGUCGUCGUCAACGUCCUCCAGCAGUUCCUCUUCAAGAAGCCCAAUGAGCCUCCUCUCGUCUUCCACUGGUUCCCUCUCAUCGGCAGCACCAUUACGUAUGGUAUGGACCCGCCGCGUUUCUUCAAGGAGAACAGGGAAAAGUACGGCGAUUGCUUCACCUUCAUCCUCCUCGGAAAGAAGACCACCGUCUACGUCGGCCCCAAGGGCAACGAUUUCAUCUUGAACGGCAAGAUUCGCGAUGUCAACGCCGAAGAGAUUUACACCGUCCUUACUACCCCUGUUUUCGGCAAGGAUGUCGUCUACGAUUGCCCCAACUCCAAGCUUAUGGAGCAGAAGAAGUUCAUGAAGAUUGCGCUCACCACCGAGGCUUUCCGCCAAUACGUCCCCAUCAUCUCCGAUGAGGUUACCAACUACCUCAAGAGAACCGCCGACUUCAAGGGCAAAUCCGGCAUUGUUGACAUCCCCCCCAAGAUGGCCCAGAUCACCAUUUUCACCGCCUCGCACGCUCUUCAGGGCAAGGAGAUUCGCGACAAGUUCGACGAGUCGCUCGCCGACCUCUACCACGACCUCGACAUGGGUUUCUCUCCCAUCAACUUCAUGCUUCACUGGGCCCCUCUUCCCUGGAACAACCGCCGCGACUACGCCCAGCGCACCAUCGCCAAGAUCUACAUGGACACCAUCAAGGAGCGUCGCGCUCGCGGCGAGACCGGCGCCCAGGACAUCAUGUGGCACCUGAUGAACUCGACCUACAAGGGCAACGUGCCCGUUCCCGACCACGAGGUCGCCCACAUGAUGAUCGCCCUCCUCAUGGCCGGCCAACACUCUUCGUCUUCCACCAGCUCCUGGAUCAUGCUCCGCCUCGCCUCGCGCCCCGACAUCAUGGAGGAUCUCUACAACGAACAAGUCAAGAACCUCGGCGCCGACCUGCCCCCGCUCACCUACGAGGACCUUGCCAAGCUGCCCCUGCAUGCCGCCAUCGUCAAGGAAACCCUCCGCCUGCACGCCCCCAUCCACUCCAUCAUGCGCGCCGUCAAGACGCCCAUGCCCGUCCCCGGAACCAAGUACGUCAUCCCGACCGACCACGUCCUCCUCGCCGCCCCCGGCGUCUCCGCCACCGACGAGUCCUACUUCCCCCAGCCCGACCUGUGGGAGCCCCACCGCUGGGAGAAGGACUCGCCCCUCGCCCCCACCAUCGUCCGCAACGUCUCCAGCGAGGAGGACGAUGAGAAGAUCGAUUACGGCUACGGUCUCGUCAGCAAGGGCGCCAAUUCCCCUUACCUGCCCUUCGGCGCUGGUCGUCAUCGUUGCAUUGGCGAGCAGUUCGCCAAUUUGCAGCUGCAGACUAUUCUUGCUGUUAUUGUUCGUAACUUCAAGUUCAGGAACGUGGAUGGUAGCGAUAAGGUUAUUGGUACCGAUUAUGCUUCGUUGUUCUCGAGGCCCCUUGAGCCCGCGAAGAUUUACUGGGAGAGGAGGGAGGGUUGCCAGUUGUAAGAGACAGGCGUGGUGAUGAGGAAAUGGGGUGAUUAGAUGGGCGUUCAUUGGUUUCAGUUGUUAUUUUUAUACAACACUGCAUGGAAUUGGGUCUACGGCAUAUAAUGACGUGAUUGAUCAAUCAUGAAAAUGAAAGAGCUCUUGGAGGCAGGAUAGAGAUUAGAGCUCGAUGAGAGGAGAGUGUCCAGAGCAGGGGAAGAAAGAGGGAAGUUGCAUUAUAGCUAAUACCUAAUACCAACGAACGAACGCGGUGGCCUCAUUGUUGAAGAACACCGCAUCCAUCCAUCCAU